ACGUGAAUGCAGCGUGACACAACAACAAAGAUGGCGUGUUGCGGGAGCUGUAUGUGCUGCCGAUGUUGCUGCAGAGACGGAGAAACACGGACGCCAGAGGAACUUGCGAUCCUGGGGGAAAUCCGAGAAGAAGAAGAUGAGAUUUUACCAAGAAAAGACUAUGAGAGCUUGGAUUAUGACCGGUGCACUAAUGAGCCCUAUGUGGAGGUUGUGGAGGCGACAGAUAAUAAGCAAGCCAAAAAGUAUGAAGUGGUACGAUGGGUGAUGGUGUUUGGCAUAGGAGUCACAGUGGGUCUGGUGGGCCUGUUUGUGGAUUUCUUUGUCAGCCUUUUUACCACAAUCAAAUUCUCAGUGGUUGGUGCUUCUGUGGAAAAGUGCAGUGACAAAGGCUGCCUCCCUCUGUCUCUUUUGGAAUUCCUGGCAUUCAACAUGUUCUUCAUCUUUAUUGCCAGUGUACUUGUCCUUAUUGAGCCUGUGGCAGGUGGUUCUGGAAUCCCAGAGAUUAAAAGUUACCUGAAUGGGGUGAAAAUUCCAGGAAUUGUCCGUCUGCGAGCUUUUCUCUGCAAAGCUACUGGAGUUAUAUUCAGUGUGGCUGGAGGUCUGUUUGUUGGUAAAGAAGGUCCCAUGAUUCACAGCGGCGCAAUUGUCGGAGCUGGUCUUCCUCAGUUUCAGAGCAUUACAUUCAAGAAGAUCAAAUUUAAUUUCCCCCAUUUCCGCAGUGACAGGGACAAGCGCGACUUUGUGUCAGCAGGAGCUGCAGCUGGAGUCGCUGCUGCCUUUGGGGCUCCUAUAGGUGGAACCUUGUUCAGUCUGGAGGAGGGCUCCUCUUUUUGGAACCAGGGCCUCACUUGGAAAGUGCUCUUCUGUUCCAUGUCGGCAACUUUCACUCUGAACUUCUUUCGCUCUGGUAUUAUCUUCAACAACUGGGGCUCCUUUCAGCAGCCUGGUCUGCUCAAUUUUGGAGAGUUCAAGUGUCCAGAAGGAGAUAAGAGCUGCCACCUGUGGACCGCUGUAGACCUGGCCUUCUUUGUUCUGAUGGGAGUGGUGGGAGGGUUACUGGGAGCCCUCUUCAACUGCAUGAACAAGUGCCUGGCAAAGUAUCGCAUGAGACACAUCCACCCUAAGGCUAAAUUCAUCAGAGUGUUGGAGGGUCUCCUGGUCAGCAUGGUGACGACAGUGGUGAUCUUUGCAGCUUCUAUGCUUUUGGGCGAAUGCCGUGAGCUGUACAUCCCUGCAAAUCAAAACGCCACAGUUUCCGGAGAAGACAUCAACUCCACCAUCCGUCAGUUCUUCUGCAGCAACAAAACCUACAAUGACAUGGCCACGCUGUUCUUUAACCCACAGGAGGCUGCCAUUCGACAGCUGCUUCACCAGGAUGGAACCUUCAGUCCUUUGACUCUGUUGCUGUUCUUCGUGUUCUAUUUCCUCUUGGCUUGUUGGACCUACGGUGUGUCCAUACCCAGUGGACUCUUUGUGCCGUCUUUGCUCUGUGGGGCAGCGUUCGGACGGCUGGUCGCCAACAUCCUCAAAGUGAAACUACAGCUGCACAUUUACUCAGGAACCUUUGCUCUGAUUGGUGCUGCUGCCUUUCUUGGAGGUGUGGUCAGAAUGACCAUCAGUCUGACUGUCAUCCUGAUAGAAUCCACCAAUGAAAUCUCGUACGGGCUGCCCAUCAUGAUCACUCUGAUGGUUGCCAAAUGGACUGGAGACUUUUUUAACAAGGGAAUCUAUGACAUUCACAUUGACCUUAAAGGAGUGCCAUUGCUGGAGUGGGAGACUGAGGUGGAGAUGGACAAAUUAACCGCCAGUGACAUCAUGGAGCCCAACCUGACCUACGUGUACCCUCAUACUCGAGUCCAGUCCCUGGUCAGUAUCCUCCGCACCACUGUCUACCAUGCGUUUCCUGUGGUGACUGAAAACAGACAGAAUGAGAAAGACUUCAUGAAGGGCAACAUCCUGGUCAGCAACAACAUUCGCUUCAAGAAAUCCAGCGUCAUGUCUCGUGCUGUGGAACAGCGGCGUCGCUGCCAGUCAAUGAAAUCGUAUCCAUCCAGUGAGCUGAGAAAUGUCUGUGAUGACCAGACUGCAGUGGUGGAGCCAGCAGAGGAGGGAGAGGAUAUGCUGCAGCAGAUGUUAGAGAGAAGGCACACACCCUACCCCAACCUGUACCCAGAUCAGUCUCCCAGCGAGGAGUGGACCAUGGAGGAGAGGUUCAGGCCGCUAACUUUCCAUGGCCUCAUUCUGCGCUCGCAGCUUGUCAACCUGCUCAUCAGAGGAGUCUGUUACUCUGAAAACCAGUCAAGUGCCACUCAGCCCAGGUUGUCCUAUGCCGAGAUGACUGAGGAUUAUCCUCGUUACCCUGACAUCCAUGAAGUGGACCUCACCCUGCUCAACCCUCGCAUGAUUGUGGAUGUUACUCCAUAUAUGAACCCGUGUCCCUACAUCGUGUCGCCCAACACCCGUAUUUCUCAAGUCUUCAACUUGUUCAGGACCAUGGGACUAAGACACUUACCUGUGGUCAAUGCUGUUGGAGAAAUUGUUGGAAUCAUCACCAGACAUAAUUUAACCCACGAGUUCCUUGUGGCCAAACUGCGACAGCACUACAUGACGUUUUGACUGGGACUCAGGAAGUUUUAUUUUUCUACUUGUUCCUCGAGCCUCGUUCCGAUCCCUUACAGCAUGUGACAAAUUCCAAUAGAGAAAAAAAACACUUUUUGUUUUUCUUCAACUCCAACAUAAAAUCUUCAGGUUCAAAUAUAAGUCAGCCUCGCUUUGACUUCUAGGGAGUGAACACACUAAUCAUGGAUAUGGUACAACUGCUACUUUAACUGCUUUAACCUGUCACAAUUCAUAUACAAACUGUUGCUAAACUGUUCAAUAACCUGAAAUGACAAAUAGGACAUUACAGUUAGGUUACAUUAUAUUACAGUUUUAUUUUCUAACUGAAACGAGGGAAUUUUAUUAUCAAACAGUUGUGUUUUUUUGUCAUUUUUGAUUUGGUUCUUGUAAAAUCACAUUUGUAAUUUGUCAUGAUUUCCAUUAGUAUAACAGGCAUUUACCUAUACUUUACAAAAGUGAUCACUAACUGUUGGCCUGCUGGUCAGAUUGGAUGGUUUGGUGGGAUAGAUUUGGUCCAUGGGCCCAUUUUCUUCAACGAAUGAUAAUGUUAGAUCAUAAAAAUGUGAUUUUUUUUUUAUUUUUAGUUCUGCUUUUUAGGGAAUAGACACAACUCUCCAAACAGGUGACCAAAAUGAAUACAGAGCAGUUUUAUUUCCAUUUUUUUUAUUUCCACUAUUGUCACUGCAGCACUUUUGUUUUGAUAAUUUUUUUACGUAAAAAAAAAAACAACUGGAAUAUAUGCACUAAAAUGGCCAGUACUUACGGCCUCCUCAACCUGUGUAGUUUAUAGGUCCCUUGCUUGAUUCGUUUCUCUAGCAGGGUAAUUACAUUGUUUUAUUUAUGUUGCUGUUACUACAGUGUGUGGAUAUUCCCUAGCUAAGCAUAGCACCGGUUCCAAACUUACAUAUAUUUUAUUCCAGACCUUCAAGUUCAGCCUGUUGUUUUAAAAUCUUUCUUAAAAGGGACCUUAAAACGUCACUCUGACCUCGAGGCACAUAUACACGGUAUAUAUCCGUUUUAUUCCCCUGUCUUUGCUUUAUAUUUUAUUGAAGAGAUUAUUUUUUUAUGAUUUAAUUUUUAUAAUUUGCUGCUUAUUAAUACUUGAGUCAUGCAGUUACAUUUAAGAAUGUUGAAUAAAUGUUUUUUUUUGGGGGGGGGGUAUUCUUUUGUGUUCUCAGAACGUCUCACAUGUUGUUUUAAAUGACUUUUAUUUUUAAGAUUUGUUGCUUGGUGUGAAAGGUUGUGUUAGAUGAAACAUUUGACGAUGUUUUCCAAAUGUCUAUGAUUUACUUGGAGGUUGGAAGACUUCACAGCAGUGAAAGAAAAAGGGAGGAGUGUCCUGUGCCUUUUUACUCUUUAAAUAAAGGCCUUUCUUUCUGACGGCAAAUC